UAUUCGAUUCAGUGCUUUGACAUUUUCGUUUCUCUCUAUAAAGAUUUACUGGCGAGCUUCUUGUAAAUUCUCUCCUGUUUUGUCACUUUAAAUUCCAGGGAAAGUGAGAGAAACAAUAAAAUGCAGCUUCUCUUGCGGUCCGUUUUCUAAUAAACUCUGCUUGUUUUGUUUCUGUUGCUACUACUUUUUCUUCCUUGGUUUCGAUCCUGAAGAGAUGGGGAAGGCUACAAGUUGGCUGAAGGGGCUAUUAGGCAUGAAAAAAGAGAAGGACAAAGACCAGAUGGAGCAUUCAUCGAAUUCAUCAGUUUUAUAUGACAGGAAAGACAAGAAAGGGUGGAGUUUUGCCAAGUCCGGGGAAGAUGUCAAUGCAAUUUCUCAGAUUCCAAAGAGUAAUAUAAGGCAUAUUCCGGCCACUGAUGCUGCUUGGCUCAGAUGCUACGUUGCUGAGACUAAGGAGCAAAACAAGCAUGCAAUUGCAGUGGCUGCUGCUACAGCAGCUGCAGCUGAUGCAGCCGUGGCAGCAGCGCAGGCGGCGGAAGCAGUGGUGAGACUGACCAGCAAUGGGAGAGGCACUUUGUUUGGUGGAGGGAGAAAGAGGUGGUGGGCAGCUGUGAAAAUUCAAACUGUCUUUAGAGGCUAUUUGGCCCGGAAAGCACUUAGAGCUUUGAAAGGACUGGUUAGGUUGCAAGCUCUUGUUAGAGGCUAUCUUGUAAGGAAGAGAGCUAAUGCAACUCUGCACACUAUGCAAGCUCUUAUAAGAGCACAAACAGCUGUUCGAUCUCAGCGGAUUCAUCGCUCCUUCAACAAGGAGAAUAGGUACUAUCCUGAAAACAGGGCCAGGAAAUCCAUUAAAAGGUUUGAUGAACCAAGAAGUGAAAUUCACAGCAAAAGACUAUCUGCAUCGGUUGAAAUCAAUGCAUACGAUGACAGCCCAAAAAUAGUUGAAAUUGAUACAUUCAAGACCAGAUCAAGGUCUCGCCGGUACAAUAUUGCAUUAUCUGAAUGUGGGGAUGACUUGCCUUACCAGACAAUGUCAUCACCUCUUCCAUGUCCAAUUCCAGCUCGGUCAUCGAUACCCAAUUGCCAAAACCUUCAUGAUUUCGAAUGGUGCUUCAACGGCGACGACUGUAGGAUCUCUACUGCUCAGAGCACUCCUCUUUUUGCCAAUACGGCUAGUUCCAAUGCUCCUACUACACCGGCGAAGAGUGUGUGCGGAGACAGCUAUUUUAGGGCUUAUUCAAACUUCCCAAACUAUAUGGCAAACACACAAUCCUUUAAGGCGAAGUUAAGAUCUCACAGUGCCCCGAAGCAAAGACAAGAGCCAGGAGCAAAGAAGAGGCUUUCGCUCAUUAAAAUAAUGGCUACAAGGAACAGCAUAAGUGGAGUUAGAAUGAACAAGUCAAGUUUUCCCACUUUGUUAUGAGAAAGCCAUAGGAUAGA